AUGCCGACCGGCAGCAGCAGCUCCACCCAGGCGCUGGUGGCGCCGAUGCACCGAGGCGGCGGCGAGCCAGAGACACAGCCCCACCGCCUGCUGCUGCAGCGCAUGGCGCCGCUGUUUCGCCCGGCGCCGACGGACAGGGACAGGCGGCUGACGCGGCUGCUGGUGAACGUGACGGUGGACCGCAGCCUGUGGCCCGUCCACCUCGUGCUGGGCGCCGACGCCACCGUCGCCGACCUCGUGCGCGCCGCCGUCGCCGCCUACGUCCGCGAGGGCCGCCGCCCGCCGCUCCAGACCGGGACGGCCGCCGACGCGGCGGACGGCUUCGAGCUGCAUCUCGACAAGUACUCGCUCGAGAGUUUGAGGCCGGAGGAGAUGGUGCUGGACCUGGGCUCUCGCAACUUCUUCCUCUGCGCGCGGAGAUCUGCGGCUGCGGCUUGA